UGUGUGUAAACGUCACGCGUUGUUUUUCUCUCAUAUGAGUUCAGUCAUUCUGAAAGCGGCGUUACUUUGUAGCGAAGCGGCACCGCGCUCUCCUUCAAGCAGCGCAACUCUCUGUUUUGUUGUUUGUUUAGUUUUUUUUGUUCGUUUCUGGAGGGAUUCAAAAUAAAUAAUACUAAUAAAAAAAAAAACAAGUUGCAGAAAGUGAAUGUGAAUAUUAUCCCGAAGCUCCAGGAUGGCGAGUCCGCCACAAACGGGAGGGAGCUCAUCUUCAAACGUCAACAUGCAUUCAAACAGCGUCAGGAAAAGCGGAUACCUUAAAAAACAGAAGCAUGGACACCGGAGGUUUUUCGUUCUGAAAGAGCAAAGUGACUGUUCACCGGCAAGGCUGGAAUAUUACGAGAGCGAGAAGAAAUGGAAAAACAAAUCAGCUGCGAAAAGAGUCAUCUCUCUUGACUCGUGUCUGAGCAUAAACAAGCGCGCAGACGCCAAACACAGGUACCUUAUAGCUCUGUAUACCAAGGACGAAUAUUUUGCUGUAGCCGCUGAAAACGAAAACGAGCAGGAGAGCUGGUACAGGGACCUCACCGAUUUGAUGAGUGAGGGAAAAGUGUACGACAGCACAACGACCAACUCGGCGUCCUCUUUAGUGGGCUUUGACGAGGGUAAUUACGGUAUGAUCACUCCAGUGAACGCAGCUUACAAAGAGGUAUGGCAAGUGAAUUUAAAAUCUAAAGGACUUGGACAGACUAGAAACAUCACAGGAGUCUACAGGUUGUGUUUAUCAGCUCGGUCGAUUAGCUUUGUGAAACUUAACACUGAAGUUCCAUCUGUCAGCCUGCAGCUAAUGAACAUAAGGCGAUGUGGUCAUUCGGACAGCUUUUUCUUCAUUGAGGUUGGCAGAUCUGCCUCUACGGGACCCGGCGAGCUCUGGAUGCAGGCAGAUGAUUCUGUAGUGGCACAAAAUAUUCACGAAACCAUUUUAGAGGCUAUGAAAGCGAUGAAAGAGUCAUCAGAGUUCAGACCACGUAGCAAAAGUCAAUCUUCAGGCUCCAACCCCAUAUCCGUACCCACCCGACGUAACUUAAACAAUUUGCCUCCCAGUCAGACAGGGCUGGUAAGGAGGUCAAGGACGGACAGUGUGGCAGCCACAUCACCUCUUAAUAAGUUUACGUCCUGUUGGAUACGCACAGCCAGCGAGGGUGAAGGUACGAUGGCGAGGCCGGUAUCCAUGUCGGUAUCAGAAAACGGCAGCCCUAAUGUCCGGAACCACAUGAGCAGGUCCAACACUGUUUCUGUUGGAUGCCGUACCUUUGAAGCAUCACUUCUCCAUCACAACCGAUCAUUGUCUAUGUCUGUGCCUGUAGCUCAUUCACCUCCAUCGCCCAUAAGCCCACUGAGUCUGUCCUCUACUAGCAUGAAUGGCUCUACCUCCACCUCAGCAGUACACAAACCUUCAAGUUGCAGUGGCUCUGUCUCAGGGUCACCUAGUGACACUAGCUUUCUGUCAUGUGAUGAGUACGGGUCCAGCCCAGGGGAUACGAAAUACAACGCAUCCAACCGGAGCAACACACCUUCAUCCUUUUCUGGGACACCUCCUUCACGUGAAAGCACUGAUCUCCAUGGUUACAUGAUGAUGGAGAGUCCCUCAACCCACUCAUUAAAUAAGAUUCAGGCAUCCAGCAGAGACAAGCUGGACUUUGAGAAGUUAUACAGGAAGAGAACAUACUCCCUUACAGCACCACAACAACCUAGGACCCCCUCUCAGCAGUCAUCAGCCUCACUUGAUGAAUAUAUGUUAAUGUGGGCUGUGUACGCUAAUGGUCACUCAGGGCAGGGCGCACACUCUGUUUCUCCAAAAGUUUCAUAUCCUGAGGAUUACGGAGACCUUAAAAUUGGUUUUAGCAAGAGUUCUGUGAAUAACCAAGGUGAUGAUGGCUACAUGCCCAUGACACCAGGUCUGGCUCUACAAGGCAGCAAAAAUGACUCCUAUGUGCCCAUGAGCCCCAUGUGUGUUUCUGCGCCCAAGCAAAUCAUCAAUCCCAGAUCCCACCCUCAGGCCACAGGUAGGCAAGGCACAAGCAAUUCUGCCAGCAUUGGAUCACUGGAUGAUAAUGGUUACAUGAGGAUGUGGUCUGGCUCCAAAUCCUCACUGGAGAGCACUGAUGUCAGAGAGGGAAAUGGGGAAUAUGUAAACAUGUCGCCUGUUGAUCCAUGUGUCUCAGCAACUCCACCAGAUUAUUUCCCUGGAGGGUGUGCACCAGCACAGCGACCCUGUUUCAUGUCAAAUUCUAACAAACAUGAAUGUCCUAAAAGAGGAGAGGACCAGUAUGUUUUAAUGUCCCCUCAGGGGCAUAAACGAGUAGAGGAGACAAAAUGCAAUGCCAUGUCUAUGGUAAACCCUGGGCAUUCGUUGUCCAGCCCCUCCACCUUUCUCCCACUCAGGCAUAGUCGGAACGAUGGACUGUUUCACAGAACACGAAACAGCAGACAAAACAGAUUAUCUCUGGACACUUUAAAGAUGCUCCCAAGAAUGAACGAGCAUCCCCUCCCCAGCGAGCCAAAAAGCCCAGGGGAGUAUAUCAACAUAGACUUUAGUGAACCUGCACGGUACACUUUGCCUUCUGGAUCAGUGGAUAGCCAGGCUUCGUCACCAAGCCUUGGCAGCAUGAGAAGAUCCCCACUUUGUGACUAUAUGAACAUUGACCUGAACUCACAUUCCCCCAAGUCAGAAGGAAUCCUUGCUAAUUCCCUAUGUGAAAUCCCAGAGUUCACCAACUGUCCAUGUUCAUCUGAUGAGGGACCGUACAUCUCUGACGAGCAGAACUCCUCCUGUUCACCUUGCAUCACGAAAGACGAUUACGCUGAGAUGAAGUUUGAUGAUGCACGCAUGUCCCCCUCCAUCAUCAUGGAGAAUGGUGAAAGCGAGCCGGCUAGCCCCACUGAUAGGCUGCAGCGGCUUACUCUGAGUGACAAUAGCAUCCCAGGAAUAGGAGCAUUCCUCUUAGCCAACACCACAGUCAACCCAGAUGGAGAGGCAAAAGUGAUCCGAGCUGACCCACGAGGUCGAAGAAGGCACAGUUCAGAGACCUUCUCGUCCACCACCACUGUAACGCCGGUAUUUCCAUCUUUCGCUCACAAGUCCAAGCGGCAUAGUUCUGCCUCUGUUGAGAAUGUCUCGGUCCGCAGCAGUGAGGGUUCCGAUGAGGAAUCCGGCAGCCCCAUGUGCAAAGAGACUUCUGCUGGGUUCCAACACGGUCUGAAUUAUAUCGCCUUAAACCUCAUGGAAAAUAGAGAGUUUGGAAAGUGUGAAAAUAUGAUGGGAUUCAAGACUGUUAGCUCCUGCAAAGGAGGAAUAAAUGGUCUACACGAUAGCCCGUAUGUUUUGCUGGGAUUCAAGGAGACAGUGGCCACUGUAAAAGAUUGAUCACCUCAUGCAUACGCCCAUGACCGGAAGCGGCGGCCGCCGCAGCUCAACUUUGCUGCUGUAGAUGAACUUUGACCUUCGACCCUCACUCUGCGUUCCUGACAGAGUACAUCUUGAUCCUAUCCAGGCUCUGCUCUGUCUAUCAGGAACUGCAAAUUGCUGCUCUAUAGGUGACAACAGUCACAAACUUGUGUUGUGUUGUGUAUGAUGUAUAGUUAAUUUUUUAUUGUUGUUAACACUUUAGUCGUAUUUGGUUGGCCCUGGAGAAAUGAAUAGACUAAAGCCACACCUUAUCACUCAUGCCCUGCAAAAAAAAUUUAAAAACACACCCAGAAUGUCUAAUAUUUACUUACCAAACAUACAGACCUCUACAAAGGUACAUAUUUAAUGAUUUAUUUAUUUCUAGUAUAACAAUUCACAUUUAUGACAUUUACUGAUUAGCAACAAAGACCCAGGAGACCGCUACAUGUCCUACCUCAGGAAGAGUCUAUUGUGGGUGUACAAAAUUUAACCAUAAAGCUGAUUUAUUAUUUUAUUAUCAUUAUUAUUCCAAUCCAAAGCCUUACUGUUUCAUUGAUUUAGAAUUUGCUGAAAUAUAGUAAUGAGGACCUAUGUAAUAAGAAAGAUCUAAAGAUGUAAAUUAUAUCUAUCAUAUUUUUAUACAUGCUUAUUUAAUCUUACCUUGAAUACGGAGUUUCUAUAUGAAAGAGGCCACUUAUAAUAUAAUUUGGAAAUAUGUCUGAAAUAUGCAAGUUAAACCACUUAAUCAAGUGGUUGUUGCACAUGACAAUUGCCUACCUUCACAAAAAUUAAGUAUUAUUUUUAUGACCAAUUUUAUACACACACAGACAUUAUAUAAAAUGUAUGUGUGUGCCUGUGUAAUAAAUACGUGCCCUAUUAUAAUGUGUCCCUCACCACACAGGCCACACUUUAUACCUCCACUUUUUCCUCCUGUCACUAGUGUAUGGUGUGUGUAGUAACUGGUAGAAACACAGGCACUUCAUGGUGGGUUGCCAGUUGUUGACAGGCGACACUGUGAGGGCAAGCAGCUCCAGAUUGUAAUACAUGACACUUUUGAAUGUAGUGCAUGUAACUCAUUUAGGAUGUGUGCGAGGGAGAAGUAAACCAAAAUAAACCCUGGUUGCCGUUGUUUAUUUACCCCGUACAACUGUGCAAACUGUGCACAAAGAUAUUAUUAGACAAGUAUUUUGCUGAGGGAAAACUUUUGCUGAGAUCUCUUCUGGCUGAAAAAGGAUUAAGAACUAAUCUUUAAAAUAAAUAGCAAAGCAAAAUAACUAAACACAGAAAGCAUUACAUGUUUGACAGGUUGCACAGAUGAAGUGCUUAUUCUUUCAGCUAAUAUAUACCAGAAUUAUAGAUUUUUUUUAAACUAUCAGACUUAACAAAGAGACACAAAAGACACCUUAUUAAGCAAUUCUGUAAGAAAAAAAAUAGAUUCAAAAAGAAACCAUCUGUUCACCCUAUUGAUAUGCAAUAUUUACACACAAAAAAAGGUGAAAUUAGUUUACAAAAAGGAACCAAAUGUGUAAAGACUCCUAAUGUAUUUGCUGAAAGAUUUUACACAGAGAUUAACUAUUUGCUGUUUGUACAUUUUCUUUCUGCCAACUUUAUUAAACUUACAUUUCAGCAGUAUUCCUGGAGUAUAAUGGAGUAAAAAUAUUAAUUAAACUUGCUGUGUCUUCCAUUGUCCAGAAUGUCAUAUCCUAUUUGUUGUGAUGUCCUAAAGCUAUAUUAAAUGAUCAUUUAAAGUAUCUUGGUAGAA